CAAAAGCGUUAAAAAGUAAACAUGCUGAAAAUGGAAGCAGAUAAAGAAAUAUUAAAUUUAAAGCCAAUAACAGCUGAAAUGAACAUUCUGUCUAGGUCAGAUGGAAGUGUCAUUAUCACGCAAGGUGAUUCAUCGUGUAUUGUUAAUGUAAAUGGGCCGACUGAAGUUGUUUCUAUGGCUAAUAUGGACAUGAAUAAAGCAUAUAUGGAAGUAUCGUAUCGUCCAAGAUGUGGAAUUCCGGGCGUUAAUGAGAGAUACAAGGAGAAAAUUAUCAAAAAUAUCUGUGAAACAGUUAUUUUAACAGCUCUUUAUCCUAAAAGUCAAAUAAACAUCCAGAUUCAAGAAAUGGACGACGGAUCAGGGAUAUUCGCUUGCGUGAUAAAUGCGUGUAAUGUAGCUUUAUUAAAUAGUGGAAUAGAAAUGAGGAGCACAAUGGCAGCAGUUCAUUGUGUAUUAGAUGACAAGGAUAAUCUCAUCAUUGAUCCAAUAGAUUAUUCAGACGAUACACCAACAUUUUCAAGAAUACAGAAAGCAGUGAGGAACUCAAAAUACAAAGCAGAUUUUACAUUUGUCUUUGAAAGCUUAAAAGAAUCGGUGAUAUCAGUUAAUACAAAUGGUAACUUCACAAUCCAUCAAUAUAACAAUGCUCAAAAAUUAUGCAAGGAAGCAAGUAAAAAGAUAUUUGAAUUUUAUUGUGACUUAGCCAGGAAAUAUGCAAAUGUAAUCUAAUAAAAU